AUGCUGUCAACUUGUAGGCGUCUAAGGGUAUUGGGAUUGAAUGGGAUUAACAUAGAAGUUAUACCAAGAACAUUGAGCAACAUAUCACAUUUAAGUUAUCUCGAUCUUUCUGGCAAUCAUGUCGUUGAGAUGCUUCCUGAAUCAAUUACUAGACUUCAUAAUCUACAAGUCUUGUGCUUACGCUCAUGUUGGAAUUUAAAAGAGUUACCCAAGGACUUGAGCACUCUAGUCAAUUUGAGACAGUUGGAUAUAUCCUAUUGUAAUAAUUUGGGUCAAAAGCCUGUUGGAAUGGAGACCCUUACUAAUCUGUGCAAAUUGGCAAGGUUUGUACUGGGUGCAGUUAGCUCCAAGCAGGCCCAUAUAGGUCAACUUAGAGAUUUAAUCCCUUUAAAUAACCUUAGAGGGCAACUUGAAAUUUAUUUUAGGAAAGGUUAUAUGUAUGACACCACAAGCACUGAGGAGGAAACGUAUCUGUUAAACAAGAAACAUAUCAAGGAAUUACGCAUAGUCGAGGAAGAUUUACAUUUUCAUAGAGAUCCAUUUGUUAUCGAUGAAAGAUUAUUAGGCAGGCUGGAACCCCAUUGUGAUCUUAUGAAGAUAUCAAUUGACAGAUAUACAGGCAUCAAAUUGCCAAGUUGGGGAGUUACUCUUGGAAUAUCUUUCCCCUUACUUGUCAAGGUUUCUCUGAAGCAUUUUCCGAGGUUGCAACAUCUACCGCCUCUUAGUCGACUUCAACAUCUGAAAUAUCUUGAACUCCGACACAUGCUUUUUUUGGAGUACAUGGAAGAGGGUGAUAAUGUAGCAGUUGUAACUUCUUUUCCAUCACUUGAGGAGCUCAUCCUCGAUGAUUUGCCAAACAUGAAAAUUUUCCCCAAAUAUGAUGCUAUUGUUGAUUUGAAGAGUUUACUAAUAGACAACGUGAUGUUGCUGACUUCCCUUUUCGGAGAGUCUCUACGAAGCAUUCGUGAUCUCACUUUGAGCCAUUUGGAAGUGGAGGAUUUAGAGUUUUGGACAAAACUAGAAAACGAGGAAGCGAUGCCUUGGACAACACUUCAUUCCCUCUUAGUCUUAAGAUUGGGUAAUGUUGAUCAGAUGGUAAGUCAACCAAGUGGAAUUAAAUACUUGAAUUCCCUUCGAUCCAUUGAUAUUUGCUUUUGCGGAAAUUUUGAGAUCUUCCCAGAAUGGAGUCAGAGUCUUACGUCUUUGAGAGCACUUAUAAUUCAAUUUUGUCCUAAACUGAAGUCCCUGCCAGAAUACAUCCUCCCAUCCCUCACUGAACUUUAUAUAAAUAACUGA